AUUCGACUAGGCGACUAGAUGCUGAACGGUCUGAACGGUCUGAUCUGGGUAGGUAACGUCGUGACACCGAUAGGGGCAAAAUGACAAAGGGUGUAGGACUCAUACGUAUUAGAGCUGAACGUUUUAUCAUUUUACUUUCUUCCGCUGUUUCGUGCCACAUAUAAUUCAUAGCUUUCCCCAAUCCUUCCUUUCAAGUGAUAUUUCUUGCUGGAGAUUGGAUCAUCGCCGACGCCAUUUAGAGCAAUAUUCUAUUAAUUUGUCGCUACAAUAGUCUUGAUUAGGUGGUUUCGUGUCUGAGGAGAAAUUCGUCGAGUGGUACAAGGUUACGUAGUAUUCUCAUCAUGGCGAACGAAGCGACCGGCGACAGCGUCGUGACCGCCCACGAUAGCCCUCCUAUUGCCGAGGAGAAAGUCCCGCAUGUGUCGGAUCUCAAAGCUACCGGUUCGGGCCAGGGUUCGGAAAUAGAUGGUCGUCUCUAUGGACCAAAUGGAGAGGAAUAUCCCACAAAGGAAGAACUAGAUACUUUACGACGCGUCAAAGGUCCUAUUAAUUUGAUUAUCUACACUAUUGCUUUCGUCGAACUUUGCGAACGGUUCGCUUACUAUGGAACUACUGCUGUCUUUGUCAACUUCAUUUCGCAACCUCUUCCCCCCGGCUCUACCACCGGAGCCGGCGGCACGGACCUACAAGCUGGUGCUCUCGAUCAGGGUCAGCAAGCUUCGACCGGUUUAGUGCUGUUUAACUCUUUCUGGUCUUAUCUGAUGCCUUUGCUUGGUGGUUGGUUGGCCGAUACAUAUUGGGGCAAAUAUAAGACAAUCCAUGUUGCUGUUGUGGUAGCUCUGUUUGGCCAUGUUAUUCUCAUCAUUUCAGCGCUGCCACCAGUGAUCGCUAACCCGAGAGGCGCGCUCGGUUGUUUCUCUGUCGGCUUGAUCUUCUUCGGCAUUGGUGUUGGUCUUUUCAAAGCUAACAUCUCUCCUAUGAUUGCCGAGCAGUAUGAAAGCACGCAACCGAGAGCUAUUGUCAAGACUUUAAAGAGUGGCGAACGCGUCGUGGUCGAUCCCGUCUUGACAAUUUCUAUUAUCUAUAUGCGCUACUACUUUUUCAUCAAUGUCGGAUCAUUGAUUGGUUCCAUUGCGAUGGUGUACGCUGAGAAGUACGUCGGUUUCUGGCUCUCUUUCGUUUUGCCUACAGGCCUAUUCAUUAUCUGCCCCCUCGUCUUGGUUGCUUUCAAGGCCAAGUACGUCCGUCAUCCACCAACGGGCUCGGUUCUUAGUAAAGCAAUUGCUUUGGUUGGUUUAUCAAUGAAGGGACGUUGGUCUUUUAACCCUAUUACCACUAUCAAAAACCUUCGUGAGCCUGGUUUCUUCGAGAGGGUUAAGCCGAGUAAGAUACCUGAGUCCGAGCGCCCGGCUUGGAUGACAUUCGAUGACCACUGGGUCGAUGAGGUACGCCGUGGUUUUAAAGCCUGCAGCGUUUUCGUUUGGUACCCCAUCUACUGGCUUUCAUAUAACCAAUUAAACAAUAACCUUGUUUCCCAAGCUGCAACGAUGCAUCUUGGAGGAGUACCGAACGACGUGGUUUUCAACCUCGAUCCUUUCGCCCUACUGAUCUUCAUCCCUAUCUGUGAUAAGUUGUUUUACCCCGCCAUGAGACGCGCUGGUAUCCAUUUCACCCCUAUCAAGAAAAUUACGACUGGUUUUGCCCUAGGAACUUUAGCGAUGGCAGUUGCCGCUAUUAUUCAACAUUAUAUAUAUAUGCAAAGCCCGUGCCGAAGCCGAGACGGCUACGGGUAUGUCGAUGACUGCAGGGCGCAUCUCGGACUUCCAGCUGAUGCUCCAGAGUCUGAAUAUAAACCCCCGCUGUCAGUCUGGAUUCAGACACCUGCAUAUGUCAUUUUGGCACUGGCUGAGAUCUGCUCGUCGAUUACCGGUCUCGAGUAUGCUUUCACGAAGGCGCCGAAGAAUAUGCGAGGUUUUGUUACUGGUGUCUUUUGGUUCUCUCAAGCUUUCGCAUCUGCGAUUGGCCAGGCCUUCGUUCCCCUCGCUGCUGACCCUAACCUCGUAUGGCUAUACAUGACGAUUGCUAUCAUCUCAGCCCUUGGCGGUGUUGGGUUUUGGUACAACUUUGCGAGCCUGGAUCGCGAAGAGGAAGCUCUGAAUGCACUCCCUGAUAGCUUGUUUCAGGGAAGUCAAAACCAGGAUGCUGACUUCGCUGCUCUCGAGGCGGCGCAAGUGGAACAGGAGAAAAUUCGGCACGCCCAGGGACUCGAUAAGGUUUUGUAAUCGAGGGUCACUCUACUUGUGCGUUUAUUAUAUAUCCCGAUUAUAUUAUAUUGGUAAAAUACCUAUGGUAAGAAGUAAACUAGCUACUUCGUGGCUAACAACACAGUAAUGAUUGCUAUCCCAAUUCACGGGAUAUAAAAUAUACCCAAUACACAUAGUCCUAAAUUUAGCUAGUUAGGUGAUUACCUCUUAGCAAAUUCUGUUUGCCUACCUGGGUAAACAUGAGAUUCGCGGUGUGUGGGUGGCGCAUUAGAGCUUCUCUUUAACGACCGCAAUGUGGAUUCCACCGUCUACCUGUUGUAGAUAUGUCCGUG